AUGUUGCUUCAUCGAGCCCUGGUCCUUCAUUUCCUCCCACCCACCCCCCUUUUCACACCCGCAUCACCAAAACGAACAUCCGCGUCGCGGCACGGUUUUCCCCUGCCCUGGGAACUCCCGCGACGCCAUGCCGCCAACCCUCGACUCACCCGCCCUCGCUGCUUCCAUCCCUUGGUUCAACAACAGCUGGCUCUCCGUCUCCGUCGCCGCCGUACCGCGUGUCCCCAACCCAAACCAUCGCGCAGACCGCAGCCCAUCCUCUGCCCGAACGGCUUCUACCGCUGCCCGGCAAACAAGCGCCGUGUCGCACCGCACAAGACACUCGUCGUCGGUGCAUACUACUUCGUCCCUCUCGCUCAUGGAGAGGGGUUCUCUCGUCUCCGUCUCGUCAAGCGCCGGCGCCCCGGCCGAAGCUUUCGGCGAGCUGGAGGGUGCUAUGACACCGGCGGUCCCAACGCCGCCUACGGCCGUCGCUCUGGCGAGACAGGCGAGUAA